CGUGCCGCCACCCGUUUCUUUCUCAUGAAGAAUCGAGGUUGUGAUAUAACUCAUCAAUAAAGCAGACGCACUUUAUAUUUUCAAGUGAUAAACUCGACGACAGACGCAUUUAUGUUCUCAUGUUGUUUGAUUCAGUGACAGCUGUAAAUGAUGGGCAGAGUAGGCGUAUCUCUCUCCCUUCGUGAAAAAUGCCCACUUAUCUGCAAUGAUCAUGAGCGACGGUAAUUUCGAGUCAGAGCGGUGGAGCUCGCUAUGAUCGAAGAAUUUUAUAAAUAAUCUUACGAACAUGUGUCCGGCACUCUUGGAGAACGAGGAGCGAUGUUUGGGUGGCAUGACUUUCUUCGCACAGAGUCACCCGGUGGAAGUGUGCGGUAGCAACGGUCUGCCACUCACUCCAAAUUCUAUAACAAUUUAUGGGAAGUCGCAAUUUUUGAAGACCAUUUACCAUCCGCAUCUUUCUCUUUAUCUCGAUAUAAUCAGAAGCAAGCAUGAGAGAAUAGUGGUCGUUGCGGAGUACAGCGGUGAUCCUUUGAAUACCAAGCAAGAUCUCAGCACAGAAGAGAUUGCCAAGAUAUCCUUUCAGUGUCUCUUAGGAUUGCAGCACAUGAACGAACUCGAUCUGGUGCAUAGACACUUGAGUCCAGAUAAUAUUUUGAUCAAGACAAACGGCGAUGUACAGCUUUACAAUUAUGGAUUGUACUAUAUGACAGACGGAGGGAAAAAUGUGUCUUUCCCAAUCGGUUCUCCAAAGUAUACGGCGCCAGAAGUAUUUUUGAAUCCUAGUUCAAGUGGCGUUAAGGUAGAUUCCUGGUCUCUGGGAAUGAUCGUAGCAGAGCAGUUGUUAGGACAGCCUAUUUGGCCUGGUGUCAAAUUGUCCCAAUGCUUGAGGAAAGUUCUGAGCUUAAUAUUGUGCGACACCAGCAUAUUCGAACGUCUUGCCAGAGAAAAUAAUUGUUUCCAAGCUUACGAAAAGCUAUCAAAGGAUCUGAGGGAAUUCGUCGAUUCCUGCCUGCAAAUACAUCCUACGAAGCGUAAAACUCCCGAAGAACUGUUAGAACUGUCGAUAUUCGCGGAGCAUUUAACGAGAAACGCCCAGGAGAGGGAAGAAAAUCUUUACAAAAAUAUAAUAGUUAGGAAAAUGGACGAGCUGUAUUACCUGUGGCAAUUGGCCGGCGGGGACAUUACUGUAGAUCUGAAGAAACAGGGUCUCAUCAGAUCGAGGCCGCCUAUUUUAUCCAUUCCCAACUUAGUCAUACUGCUGGGCCAAAUGUUCGGCCAGAGAGAUACCGCUAGUCUACUCGACGUAAGGGUCGUGAAGGUUCCUAUAGAGACCCUUCGCCAACGUCUGGCUCACAUUCCGUACAUAGCAAAUUAUCCUUGGUUGACGGACCAAAUGCGAGUUCAGGCGCAGGAAGACCUGACGAACGCCGCGUCCCAGUUGCCGUUGAUUAUACGGGAGCGCGACACCGAGUAUCAGUUUUACCGGUUGGUCCUGUACGACCGGCUCUUACAAGUGUAUCCGCUCACUCAGGAUGCGAUUAUCGAGGAGGCGCACAAGGACAUACCGCCGCCGGUGCGGGGCGCCGUGUGGGCUGCUUUGCUCGGUAUCACCGGCGACCUGCAGAAGCGUUACGACAUGAUCGACAAGGAAACGCCCACACACACCGACCGACAGAUAGAGGUGGAUAUACCGAGGUGUCAUCAAUACAGCGAGCUGCUGUCGUCCGGCGCCGGACACGAGCGACUGCAACGAUUACUCAAGGCUUGGGUCAGGAACAAUCCGCACUAUGUGUACUGGCAGGGACUCGAUUCGCUGACCGCGCCCUUCCUUUACCUGAAUUUUAACAACGAAGCUCGCGCGUUCGGGUGUCUCUCUGCUUUCAUACCGAAGUAUCUGCACAAGUUCUUCUUGAAAGACAACUCGGCGGUGAUACAGGAAUAUCUGGGGAAGUUCUCUCAGAUCAUAGCGUUCCACGAUCCCCAAUUGGCGAAUCAUCUGAAGUCCAUUAAUUUUGUACCGGAACUGUUCGCUAUACCGUGGUUCUUGACGAUGUUUUCACACGUGUUUCCACUGCACAAGAUAUUGCAUCUGUGGGAUAAGUUAUUGUUGGGAGACUCGUCGUUUCCUCUCUUGGUCGGACUGGCGAUACUGAAGCAGCUGCGAGACUCGCUGCUGAUGUCUGGUUUCAACGAGUGCAUCCUCUUGUUCUCCGAUCUGCCCGAGAUCGACAUAGAGCUGUGCGUUAAAGACUCCAUGACGAUGUAUCAGAACACACCGGCUAGCAUCACGUACAGAAAGCAUCAGUAUAACACGACAAAGGAUGCAAAUUGGACCGAGCCCGAGGUGGGGACCGAGAAAAUGCCACGGAUAAGCGUCGACGAUUUCCUAAAUCUCCACAACAACUCGCCGAGCAAGGUGAUAGUGGUCGACGUACGCAGUAAUAUACAGUUCGAAAGAGGUGCUAUUCUUAACAGUAUUAAUAUCCCGUUUACGAGUGUGCAACUUUCUCAGACUCACAUCGACACGCUCGGACCGCAUGCGAAGCCACUGACGGACAACAAGAGCAGCGUUGUCGUGAUUAUCGGACCGCACGAUCAAAAUAACGCGCUGUUUGCAGAUUUCCUGGUAAAAUGCGGUGUCGUGGGAGUCUGCUCUCUGCAAGGCGGCAUUAACGCGUUACGUUCCAAAGCUCCGAAUAUCAUAGUACCUGCGCGUUAGUUGAGAGAGUCACGAAUCUAAGAAUGACGUUACUGUACAUAAUGCUCUCAGACUUACUCCGUCGUUGAUAAAGUCCAAUCGAUAUUACGUGUGACACCUGUAAAACUUGUACAACAGGCUGUAAAAUUUUGCGAUAAAAUAAUUCAUGAGCGAA